UUUGUUGUUUUCCUCUUUGGGCUGCUGCAGUUCCGUCCCAGUGGAAAUGGAAGAAGUCCUUCCGAGAAAGAUCGAUCGUCGUUCACGAUAAUUAUAAACAGUGUCCGCUUGCCACAUGUCUGGCUAGAACAGGCCAUGAUCUUGAUUCUUUCCCUUCCCUUCCCUUCCCUUCCCUUUCCCUUCCCUUGCCCUUUCGCUUCCCUUCGUCUUCUCUGGCCGCCGCCUCUCCAUGUUGCUCACCCUCAAACCCCCCGUCCAGAAUGGCGUGAAAGGGCCUCAUGAGUACUCCGUCAUCCGCCAGUCUAUUCCCACUCCGCGAUCCUCUCCGCCGACCCUCUCUGAGCCCUCGACUGUUGCUGCUGCUCCUCCUGCUGUGACGCCUGUCCGAGACCGGUUGAUGGAUCCCUCCGCCCCGCGCAGGAGUCUGCCGCCUCCUUCAGCGAUGAGUCUGCCGCUGCCACCCGAUCUGGCACUGCCCGCGAUGGGCGUCUCUGGUAGCCAGCUGCCUCCGCCGCCGCCGCCGCCUCCGCCCUCUGCGACUUCGUCGUCGGCUCAGUGGCAGAGUGCCGACGACUCGAUGCGUCUCUGGCUGCAGGCGAAAGCAGAGGAGGACCGCCGCAAGCAGGAGGAAGAGAAGACCCGUCAGGAGAGCCUGCGACUGGAGCAACGGCGCAUCGAACAGGCCAUGUUGCGUGACUCCUUCCAGGCCGGCGUGCCCCCGCAGAUGGUCCCCUUGAUCUUUGCUGGUCUCGGUGGAGGCAGUCUAUCGCAGUCAGCAUGGGAAUCUAUACAACAGCAGCAGAACCAGCAACAACAGGCCGCCCUGCGACCUGGUGGGAGGGGGUCGGUGCACUCGAUGCCGCCCCCUCCCCCUUCGAUGUCGAGCUCCGAUCUGUCUGGGUCUCCCCUGCCUCCUCCGCCAUCGGUUCAGCGUCGGCUUCAGCCCCUGGCGGAGACACGUCUGGAGAGUCGUGGCAUAUCACUACCCCCAUAUCCUGCUCCGACGGCUGCUGGGUCCGGUAAAAGUCUCCCACAGCCGCCAAAGUUGGCCGAUGGGCCGUCUUCGACACCCCCGUCGUUUGCACGCUCGGUUCCAUCGCUCCCGUCACGCAUUAAUAAUGCUGUAGACAUCCAGCACCAACAACCGCCAUCUUCACACAUUUUCGGGAAUGCGCCCCCGUACCUUUUGAACUCACCGGCCGCUCCUCUCCCCCCUCCGAGCUCGGUUAAACACGAGACACCGUCCCAGCAACAGCCGUCAUCCAUCUACUUCCACCAUUGGGUGCCCCCAGGCCAGUCACAUCAGAAUGGAUCGAUGGGAAAGACUCAGCAGGAUUCGACUGCGUCUUCCAGCGCGCCUUCGCAUUCUCGGUCUGAGUAUCAGGGCUCCCCCGGUCGCAAGCGCAAGGCAACGGGCGGCCAUCAGCCUGCGCCCCCACCAACUUCAUCGUCGUCCUCCUCCUCGGCGAGACAGAGCCCAUCUGCCACUGGCGCCCGGUCUGGAGAUAGGCAAGUCCAUGCACGAAACCACAGCGACGCGUCCGAGUCGUACGGGAGCAGAGGACCUAGUCCCAGCACGGUGCCCGCGCGGAUUGCAGAGUCGCAUCCGGAGAAGAAUGAGCCAGCUGCAAAUGAUAGCCAGUCUGGCCAGUCCGAUUAAGUCUUUUGAC